AUGCAUUUUUCGAAAUUUCCAAUUCCAAAUUUACCUACUACUAACAUUAAUGUUGACGGGUUGUCAGUGCCUGUCGUUAUUGAUUCUGGUGCAACCGUAAACAUUGCGGAUAUUGACACAUAUUAUAAGUUACGUACACUUAGAAAAGUUGAAAUUAUGCCCUCUAACAUUCGGUUGUUUACAUAUGGUUCAACAAUUCCAUUGAACAUCUUGGGGACAAUAACUGUCAAAGUUGAACGCAAUGGAAAGCAAAUUCUUGCCCAAUUUGUAGUAGUCAACAACCGAGGAACGGGGUGCCUUUUGGAUCAAAUCACCAUCCAUGUUGAUCCUAAAAUUCAUCCUGUUGCCCAAGAACCCCGCCGUGUCCCAUUUCAUGUUCACCGCAAAGUAGAAGCCAAACUAGACGAGCUACAGCGCUUAGACAUCAUUGAGCCAGUCACUGAGCCAACACCAUGGGUGUCCCCCUUGGUUGUAGUGCCCAAGCCAAAUGGUGAGGUUCGUAUCUGUGUAGAUAUGCGUCGAGUCAACACAGCAGUGAUUAGAGAAAGGUACCCAAUUCCCACCGCAGAGGAGAUUUUACAGGAUUUAACGGGUGCAUGUGUCUUCUCAAAGCUCGACUUAAGAUAGGGGUACCAUGAGAUUGAACUUGACGAACAAUCAAGGCAUUAUACAACAUUUGCUACACACACCGGUCUCUAUCGCUACAAGCGCCUUAUGUUUGGUGUUUUUGCGACACCAGAAAUAUACCAACAUGUGAUUCAACCAUCUCUCCAAGGGUGCCCUGGGAUGCGAAACAUCUCAGAUGACAUAAUUGUUUUUGGGAAUACCUAACAGGAACAUGAUCAUAACCUUAACACUGUCUUAGCAACACUCCAAGAGUGUGGUCUGACUCGCAAUAGCGACAAAUGCAAAUUUAGUGUUUCUGAGGUCACAUUUUUUGGGUAUACCAUUUCGGCAAAUGGUACACGACCCACCGAUGAGACUGUAACUGCCAUUCGAAAUGCCCCAAAGCCAUCCAUGCCUCAGAGGUCAGAAGUUUCUUGGGUUUUGUGAACUACUGCAGCCGGUUCAUCCCAAAUUUCUCCACCGUAGCAGCCCCACUUCGACAGCUCACACACAAAGGUGCACCAUUUACAUGGACCAAACUCCACCAAAAUGCAUUCGAAUCUUUGCAGAAAACUCUUAUACUAGCAAUUCCGUCAUGGCACAUUUUGAUCCCAGUGCCUCCACUCAGCUUCGUGUUGACGCCAGUCCAUUUGGCCUGGGGGCCAUAUUAACCCAAACUCAUGGUGAUGAAACCCGACCAGUAGCCUAUGCAAGUCGCACUCUUACAACUGUUGAAAGGCGUUAUUCUCAGACUGAGCGUGAGGCCAUAGCGGUUGUCUGGGGAUGUGAACGGUUCCAUCUAUAUGGGACAAGCCUCUCGAAAUAAUCUACAGUCCGACGUCAAAACCCCCUGCGCGUAUUGAGCGGUGGGGCCUUCGCCUGCAACCGUAUAAAUUUUGCGUUAAGUACACUCUAAAAACACUCUGGUUAAAUUUGGGUUAAUUCAACCAGUACGGGGUUAAAAAUCCACCUACACAAGUCUGGUUAAAAAAAAUUAACCAUUUUCCUGGUUAAAAGUCCAAAAAAGUGUACCAAAUUUUUGUUGAAUUGAUAAUUUUUAACCAGGAAAUGGGUUAAAUUUCACCAGAAUGUGUUGGGUGGAUUAUUAACCCAAUUCCUGGUUGAAUUUAACCAGAGUGUUUUUAGAGUGUAUUAUUCCCCUGGAAUUGGUAAUCCUGCGGAUGUACUUUCUCGUUUGCCACUUCCCAAUACAACAACCAAUACUCGCAACACGGCUGAAGAAUAUGUCCAGUUUGUCGCUCAGAAUGCAGCUCCUAAGGCCCUGUCUCUUAGUACAAUAAAAGAAGCCACCAACCAAGAUCCAGCUCUUCAAUUUCUUCGCGAGUGUAUCAUGAAGAACAAUUGGCCCAAGGUUAAUAUGACACGUCCAUAUCAUGGUAUCAGACACGAACUGACUGUUAUUGAUGACAUUAUCCUUCGUGGGUCCCGUAUCUUGAUGCCAACGUCUCUCCGAGAACGAACUUUGAAAAUAGUCCACGAAGGGCAUCAGGGCAUCGUGAAGACAAAACGACUGCUAAGAGAAAAAGUCUGGUGGCCUGGCAUUGACCAAGCUAUAGAACAGCUAAUUCGUACGUGCGUUGCAUGCCAAGCCCAAGGUCCAGUAUCCACACCACCGCCCCUUCACAUGACGACUAUGCUAAGUCAGCCAUGGCAAACUCUACAUGCCGAUCUGUGUGGACCGUUUCCCAGUGGAGAAAGUCUUCUUGUGGUAGAUACCUGCUCCCGUUGGCCAGAAGUACGUGUUAUGAAGAGUACUACGUCCACAGCUAUCAUAAAAUGCAUGAAGACCACAUUUGCAACCCAUGGAAUCCCACACGAAAUUGUGACUGACAAUGGACCACAAUUCACCUCCGCUGAGUUUAGUACAUACCUUUCCAAUUGUGGUAUUGUACACCGUAAAGUCGCACCCUAUUGGCCCCAGGUAAACUCCGAAGUAGAACGUUUUAACCGAACUGUAGAAAAAGCAAUACGUGCAGCGAACGUCAAAGGGAAAAACUGGAAAGAAGAACUUGAUGUUUUCCUACUGAAUUAUCGUUCAACUCCCCACUGUACCGUUAGAAAUAAAAUACCCGUGCCACCAACAUCGACACCAGCUGAUGACAUACCAGUAACAGUUCGUCAACAUGAUCGCGAAAGAAAAGAGAAAAUAAAGUCUUACACUGAUGACCACAACCGAGCUUCAUUGUCCGACGUGAAAAAGGGAGAUACGGUGCUACUACGUGAACCUCGGCAAACACAAUUGUCGACGACCUAUGAUCCGAAGCCGUACAUUGUCGAAGAAAAGAAACGGCCCAGUGUGCUACUGAAACGACCCUUUGAACGACAGAUUAUGAGAAAUGAAAGUAUGAUACGUAAGAUUCCUGAUGGAAAAGACGUCGCGGAUGCUAAGAAAAAAGGACUCCAAAAUUGCGCACAACAGGUCAGCGAAGAGAAGAAACAUGAAAAGCAGAACGAGAUCAGUAUAAGACCAAAACGGGCUAUACAGCCACCGGAAUAUUAUGGACAGAGCUGAUUGAACUUCAUAAUAAUAUUCAUUUAUAUUAACAGAUUUCUUUAUAUUUAAUAGUCCAAUAAGACUGGUUGUGUUUC